GAGCACAUUGACAUGAUUCUCUUUUUGUUUCAGUAUUACGUGAAGACUUUCGACUUGAACCCCAGUCAGCCCGCGUGUCUGCAGGUGAAGAUGUAGUGCUGGAAUGCCAACCGCCGAAAGGCAGCCCUGAACCUCGAGUUACAUGGCGGAAGGACGGCAAACCUCUUCUGGUUGAAGGCCGACUUACCUUGGUAGAUGGAAAUAGCUUAGCGAUUUCACAAGCACGAAUCACCGACGAUGGCAGGUAUCAAUGUGUAGCUUCCAAUGCGGCAGGGGAGAGGGAAUCUGCUAUAGCUGUGCUCACAGUAUACGUGAAACCUUACCUGAUACGCCCACCAGUGGAUGUGACUGCUCUGGUUGACGGUACCGUCGAGUUUUCCUGUGAAGUCGGUGGCGAUCCUGUACCUGAUGUUCUAUGGAGACGCGUGGCACCUGGGGGAACUAUGCCCCUCGGUAGAGUUAGGGUCUUAGAAGACAGGACAUUGAGAUUGGAGAGAGUUACGCUUGCAGAUCAGGGGGUGUACACCUGUGAUGCAGAUAAUUUUGCAGGUGCUGUAACAGCUUCAGCUCAUCUGACAGUCCUUGCACCUCCAACGUUUUCCGUACGUCCAUCAGCACAAACUGUAGAAGUAGGACAACAAGUGUCGUUUAGAUGUAAAAGUGAGGGCAGUCCUACGCCUUUUCUCUACUGGGCUAUUGAGGGAGUUCGGGUGCUACUUUAUCCAGGAUCAAAUGAAGGAGGAUUUGAGGUCACUGAUUUUGAUGGGGUAUCGACGCUCAUACUUAAGGAGGCACAGAUUCAGAAUUCUGGAACCGUAGUGAUAUGUUCAGCGUUGAACAGUGCUGGUUCUGUUUCAACCAGAACCCGUUUAACUGUUACAUCAAAAGAAGAUAGACCUCCUCCUGUUAUAGUGAUGGGACCAGUAAAUCAAACUCUACCAAUCGGUUCAGCUGCUCUGAUCACUUGCAAGGCUGAAGGCAAUCCUGCGCCUUUCAUAUCAUGGUAUAAAGGAGGUGUACCAGUAUCUUCGUCCACACGUUUGAACAUGACAAUACCGACUCACCUUACCAUAACUGACCUCCAAGAAGAGGACAGUGGUUCUUACACCUGCGUUGCUUCCUCACGGUUUGGAAAAGCGGUCUGGACAGGACAUCUUACAGUCGCUGAUCCAAAGAAUCCAAACAUCAACUUUUUCAAGGCUCCUGAGCCGUCGAUAUUACCGGAAGCACCUGGGAGGCCGCAUGCACUUAACCAGUCAGAAGGUAGCGUUACAAUUACAUGGGACAUCAAUAAGAAAUCGCGGUCAUCAGGGUUCUCGGACUACCAGGUAGAACUUUUUGGGAGAGAAGAAAACGUUACUCCAACUUGGACCGUGGUAGGCCGACAUAUACCUGGGCCUACUUUUACUCAACAUCUACUUUCAACCGGGGUGCCAUAUACAUUUUUGGUUCGAGCAAGAAAUGAACAUGGGCUUGGUCCACCGUCUCAGCUAUCUGAGCCGAUAGUGGUCGGUCCUGACUCAACUCAAAAUUGGGGUAAUCCCGAAGUGACGAUCCUAAGUGAAGCCAGAGCAGUAUUGAUGACGUCCAACGUCGUCAGGUUGACUGAAGGCAUCGCACUAUCUUCCACCUCCAUCAAAGUGAGCUGGAUGGUCACUGAUUCGACAUAUGUGGAAGGACUGUAUAUUUAUUACAUUUCGCUGAAUAGCGAUAGCACUAGUCCAAAAGGUUACAGCAUGUUAACAGUUCUACACACGGGAGGAUCAUCUAGCUUCACGGUCAACAAUCUGGAAAAAUGGUCAAGCUAUCAAUUCUUCCUUGUGCCUUUCUUCAAGAAUGUUGAGGGAUACCCUUCAAAUUCUAAAACGAUAAAAACACUCGAAGAUGUGCCAAGUGAACCUCCGUCAUACAUGGAAGCUCUCCUUCUUAACUCUACCACAGUCUUUCUCAAAUGGCGUCCACCAGAACAUUCUAUAAACGGUGAACUACAAGGGUACAAGGUCGACGUUAGAACCAACGGCACUGAUAUUGUGAAAAGCAUGAGCGUUGGAAAGGCGCCAAACCUGCUGCUGAACAACCUCACUGCUGGUGUUUCGUAUUUUGUUAAAGUAGCUGCUUUCACCAAAGCUGGCACGGGACCUUAUAACGCUGAGGCUACGUUGAGGUUGGAACCUGCUUCAAGGAUUGCUGAUAAUACAAGAAGACCACUAGACCACAACCCAUCUGGAGACUUCAUCACAGAAACCUGGUUCAUGGCACUGUUGGUCUCCAUGGUAUCCGUUAUGGUGCUUCUGUUCGCCGCCAUGAUGUUGGUACGCAGACGUCAAUUGGCCAAUGGAAAAAAAAGUUUGACAUCAAGGACCAAUGGACAUGUAUUGAAGGGAGACUGUCCUGUCUCUCAACCUCCGCCGUUAUGGUUGGACAAAUCGACUGUUCCAGAGUACACUGUGACAGCCACCGAUAGAGACACGCCUCUUCCUGAUUACGCCAAGGCUUGUGCGGGAAUAAGAAACCACAGUAAAGGUUUAUCCAACGGUUCUGUUCCCGAAUACCAUGGAAGCAUCAACCUACAAACAAACCCACUAUACAAGGAGUUCUCACGACCUGACAGUCUGCACUACAGCUCGGAGAAAUAUUAUCCGAUCACAAGGAAAUACAAGGACUACUCUUGCUUGCAAGUCCAGGAAUACGCGAGUCCGAAUAUCCAGCCAGAGAAAACUAUAGGUGACUAUGCAGAAGUGAAUAAUUCAGGUAUUCACGGUAGGGCAAAUGGAGGAAAUACGUCACCUGCACCUUAUGCUACGACCACUUUGGUAUCUGGGAAGAAGUCGCCUUGGAUGAACUUUGCACAGUCAACCAGCGCCGGCGCCGAGGAAGACCCGCCUUAUCCCUCCUUAAACGGAGGCUACUACAACCGAAAAGUCUACUCAGACUCCUAUUUCUCCCCCUCCCACACUCUUCGACGGCCUAAGCGAGACAAAGGCAGAAACAACCACCAAUCAGAACCUCUGUCACCGACCAGCACCAAUGGCAGCGUGUAUGCGCGCGUCGGGCCGCCAGGAGGAGCUACGAGCGGUUCCUGGAACGGUACUGCCCCGACGAUGAGUAGUUUUGCGCCUAAUUUUCCCCCACCACCUGCGCCGUUGAGUAUAUAUCAAGGCGCUAGGUCCGAACCGGGGAAUGUACUGUAAGCGGUUACUGUGGUGAAUAAAUGUUAGACUAGAGUAAAAAAAUAACGAUCUAUUAUAGGGGCAGAUAGAACGUGAAUGUUGAUCAGGAUAUCAUGAACCACAACGGAUGCUGGUAGAAUCAACGAAUUCGAAUAGAUUAGGAGGAACAAAGCCUACACCAGAUGUCAACGAAAUCGUUUUACAAGGCACUAUGCAAUUGCUAUUUAAAGGAGAACCUUCAAAUUUUGUGUGAAGGUAUGACUUAUGAAAACUCAGAUUAUUCCUUAAAAACAACUGAAUAUCUCUUCCGGUUUGACCGGAAGUGAGUAUGAAACAAGAAUUUUAAAUUCGACCCCGUAUAUAUUUUUACAUAUUUGCAUAGAGUUUAAAAUUUCCUUUUUAACGAUAUAUCAUAAGUUGUCAUUCUUAUUCAAAAUAGCGGCGUUUUGACAGCAUCUGUGGAUUUUUUGCCAAACUAAAAUGGAUUAUCUUGCCGCUUCUAAAAUAAGUUGGCAAUACAAAAAAAAUUGUGAUACAUUUGGAACCAUUUUUGUUUUUACUUAAAAUGUCAAAAUGUAUUUAAAAUUUUCUCAGAGUAGGAACUGGAGCUUUCUAAAUGCUAACAAUAAAGAGCGUCUUAUUUCCGAAAGAAGGAUGUUCAACAGUACGUUUCUUUUGUGUUUUUUUAUUUCUAACGAUAACAAGUGUAUUAUUAUUUAUAUUUUCUUGACCAAAGACUAAAUCGUUUAUUAAAAUUUGUACAAUGAGCAUACUGGUUGCUCUUCAAACUCCUUUGCAACCAUCCUGGCAGCCAACAAAAAGCACAUAAGAAAAGCUGCAGCUUGUUAUUAUUAUCUUGCUGUCAAGUCUCGAACUAUAAACAAAAGGCUUCACAAAUCUUGGGUUAGAGAUAGCUUUAAGAAGAAGGAAAAUAAUAAUAUAAUGGAAACAUUAUUAGAACAACUAGAUCGGGAACAUCAGGAAUGUUAUAAUAUUUGCUGGACAAAUUAAAGUUUGUAAUAGGAAAAUAAGACCCAUUUUCUCAGAUUUCUAGUUUUAUAGCUUUCUGACGAGCAGACCCACAAAUUGAGAUAAGAUACAUAUAAUCCUAUUGACUCUACUAUCAUGGCUCCAGUCCAAUUGAAACUAGAUUUUUUCCUUUUCAAACCUCUCUUUUCACUUGGUUCACUCACCGUAAACGCAAGAUUUAUCUCACGAUAUAACAACGCAACUCUCGUGCAGCUAGUGAAAUAAAUGUAUCAUGUGCGGCUCGCGAUACAUCAUGUUUACUUGUACAAGAGCAUUGUUUCACGAGAUUAUCUCGCAUAUAUCACGCCUGUCUCUGCAAUGAAAUAAUACUUGUCAUAAGAUUUUUAUUUCACGAGAAAGGAUAUCAUCAAAAAAUCUCAUUGUGGAUCCGCACCUUAACACCAGACUUAUUCGAAUCACCCGCAGUUUUGAAAAACAGCACUAAAAUACGAGUUUAGUGACGGAACUGUCAAAAAUUAGCUUUCGUCAAGUCCACUUGUAGUAUGCACUUUCAUCCUGGAUUCAGAUAGAGAUUUUGGAGACAAACAAAUCGUAGGCUUGCUCUUUCUACCUAGUAUGAAUUCGCUGAAACUGAUAGUAGAAAUAAAUAACGAUCUCAUAGUUUAUGAGUGCCGAUAGAGCAAGAAUGUUGACUAAGAUCCCAUAAACCACAAAAUGUCUGUCGUAUGCCAACAAAUGAUGAUAUGCUACACAUAAAACUUCAAGCAGUGAAAUACGCUGACAGGUACCAGUCUAGAUAUUGAUUUGAAAUUUAAUUAAUAACCUAAUGCAAUUUGAAUUUAACUUGGAUGACCCGUUAUCAAUAUUUUGGUCCUUGAAGGUUGAUGAUAUAAUAAUAAUAAUAAUAUACAUACAUCAGUGUGGCGAAGUUCAGGCAAAUGGCUACUCUUACACUUCACCUCACUGUGUGCGAAACAGUAACAUAGUUAAACUCGAUACACAAACAAACAAUAGUAGUAAUAAUAAUAAUAAGAAGAAGAAGAAAAAGAAAAGUAAAUGAAUUGAAUAGAUAACGUGUUGACAACACCCACACACGAGCCAACGGAGUAAUAUGAAACAGAAAAAAGAAAAAAAAUAUUUAACAAAUGCACACUUGAACUAUCCCAUCAGCUGUUUCUUAACGAGUCUCCUGAAAGGUAGGUUUUAUUGUUUUACUGCG